AUAUUGUGGAAUUUUAAGCAGAGACGUAUAAUAAGUGGCUUUAAUAAAACUGUCUAACUUCAAAAGCAAGGCCUAUCAAGGAGUAUCGGCUGUUUGAGGCCCGGCUUGUCCUCCCUGUCCGAGUUAACUUUUUGUAUGUCUGAGCAUCCACAGCCGGAGUGUUUAAGGAAGAUGGCUUGUCGAAAGGUGGACAACCCGUGGGGACUGAUGAUUAUAGCCUCGGCUUUCUGGAUACAGUUUAUCGCCUUUGGUGUGGCUACCUCCUUUGGAGUCUACAUUGUGGAACUUCUGCGUCAUUUCGAUGUCAGUUUGCCAUUUAUAUCACUCAUCGGUUCCAUAAACAUAGGACUUUUUCUGGGUGCAGGUCCUCUGGCCAGUAUAAUGAUGAGGAUGAUGUCAUACCGCAAAGUCUGUCUCUUGGGGGCUGUACUGAGUAGCACUGGGCUUAUUGCCCUACCAUUUACAAUGAACAUGAUUUAUCUCCUCUUUUUCUAUGGAAUUCUGACAGGUAUUGGUUACUGUUUAUUGUACGUCCCCUCUCAUACAAUGUCUGGUCUGUACUACGACAAACACAGAAGCCUGGCGACAGGGGUGGCGACAGCAGGGUCGGGACUCGGGGGGAUCGUGUUCCCAAAUCUCGUCCAGUACCUCACUGACGAGUUCGGGUGGAGAGGAUCGCUACUUAUAGUGGCUGGGAUCAAUCUGAACACUUUCAUUUUCGCGGCUCUUCUUCGAGAAUCGCCAAUGCAACGGCAACAAAAGGCGAAGGAAAAAAUGAUUGAAAUGAAAUCGAUUAAAAGAAACGAUUCUUGUCAGAUUGAGAGGGAAAGUCUUCUGAUAGAGGCAAGCACUUCCGAUUCGUCUCUGCAAUCGGCAAUACCUAAAGGACACGAGGUGAAUGGUGUACUGAAAAAGCGGGAAACUAAUGGUAUAGCGAUGGAUGACUUAGAAAACGAAAAUCUUCUUACCAACGAAUCCUCCAACGAAAAUACGAAGUCUAAUUCAAUUCUAGUGGUUUUGUUAACUUUGUGCCGCAAUGUACCAUUUUGUAUAUUUGUUGUCAAUAACAUUCUUUGGAAUUUUGGAACAAUUAUACCACUAGUGUUAGGUCCGGAGUAUUUCACUUCCGUUAAUUUUUCUCAGACACAGGCAGCCAUUCUUAUUUCACUUUUCAGUGGCGGAUCUUUCAUCGGGUGUGUUCUAGGAGGUGUCAUCGGCAAUAUACCAAAGAUAAAUAGACUAUACCUGUUUAUUUUUGUGAAUUUAGCUGUAGGAAUCAUAGGACUGUUCAUUCCAUUAGAAUUCACCCACACCAUGUUCGGACUAGGGAUUGUUGGAGUAUUAUGGGGAAAAAUGUUUGGUUUAUUAUUAGGACUGCUGGUCGUUGUGACGGCGGAUUUAGUGGGGAUUCAGUAUUUAGGAGACGCCAUGGGGUUCCUGAUGUUGGCCAAUGGCAUCGGUUGUGUCGCCGGUCCUCCAAUAGGAGGUUGGAUUGGAGAAGCGACGAAUUCACCAGCUACCGCUUUUUAUUUUUCUGCUGUCGUCAUUAUAGUGGGUGGACUCCUGAUGUUAUUUAUCCCCCUGUUUGAGAAAUACAAAGGCCAGACAAAGAGGCACAGUGAUUUCUCUGUAGAAGUUACCGUUCCUGAUGAUUAAUAGCGUCUUAGCGUUAGAUACACAGGCACUUGUUUCGUAUACAGGGCACCCCUAAUUUUUACCAAAAAAUUCAUUAACCCAUGUGGUAAAAAAAAAUAAGGUGAUGUGCCCGUAUACGAAACAAAGUGCCUGUGUUUGGAUAUAAAAAAAAUUUGGUGCUAUUGUGGGUUUGUCAGAUCUCUGUUGAUCAUUAAAUGGACUGGUUAUUGUUCAUUUAUGAUUAAAAUGCAAA